ACGUCGGUAAACAGAGAAAUCAUUUUCAUUUCUUUAUUCAUAUAAUUUACUAUUUUCAUUUUUAUUUUUGUUCUGUAAGUAACUAUUUUCACAUUGCUUGACUGAUAAAAAUCAGAAAUAAGCGGGCAUUCGCUUGGGAAUUUUCAUGACCGUCUCACCCCUACGGAGGACCGAGGAUUCAGCUAGUAGCGUUUCGCUCUAGUUCGGUUUUGAACUCAAGGCACUGAAACAUCUGCGCAAGCUGGCCAGUGCGUUCGGUCUUUCGGUGUUCCAUGGCAUAGAAUCCAGCUAUCGACCUGGGAGUUCUCAACCGCAGACAGGAUGAACUGGAGCCAAUAGUAACACAGAAAGAUCUCCUUUGACAAACUUAACAACGGAUGGUGCCAUCGACAACGAGCAUCUGUGCUGAAAGUCCUCGCUGCCCCGGCCGGACUAGCGUAUUUAUGAGAUGAGAUCCGUGAUCCCUCCACGUAGAAGUACGUAGUACUUCACCUCCUGUACAUGUUUGCAGCUGCAGAGCCCCCCACACGCACGCACGGGACCAGCCCGCCCCAGGGUGAAGGAAAGGACCAUGCAACAUGGCGAGUAGGCGUAGUGUACUGUGCUGCUCUACUGCUCUGCUACACCAAACACACACAUCUGCAAAGAUCAAAACGCUCGCGAAGGUGACGCUAAUGAUGGAGAUGUCGAUGCCACGAGGAGGAGGAGGAGGAGGAGAAGGUGUAGUGAUGGUGUAAUUGCCGGAUGCUGGUGCAUCCGAUGAAUUAACCAGAGUGCGUUGCCGUUUGCAUUCUUGCAGAGUUUGGUCUCGCUUAACGCGCGCUUUUGAGAGGUAAAACGUAAGGGUGGCUGCGUUGGCCGGCCGCGCGCGCGCGUCAUGGAGGCGUCUCUUGUUCUGCUCUGCCUCUGCGUCUUUCUUGCGAGCGGCGGAGAAGGGAGGUCGCCGGCGGGCACGGUCCUCCCGCUGCAGGUGCGGGUGCAGGAGGUGGAGUUGGAGGCGCCGGCGGCGAACAGGCUCCGGUUCCGGCACAAUGUGAGCCUGACGGUGCCGGUGGCCGUCGGCACGCCACCGCAGAACGUGACGAUGGUGCUCGACACCGGCAGCGAGCUCUCGUGGCUGCUCUGCAACGGGAGCUACGCGCCGCCGCUGACCCCGGCGUUCAACGCGUCGGGUUCUUCCUCGUACGGCGCGGUCCCCUGCCCGUCGACGGCGUGCGAGUGGCGCGGCCGCGACCUCCCCGUCCCGCCGUUCUGUGACACGCCGCCGUCGAACGCCUGCCGCGUCUCCCUCUCCUACGCCGACGCCUCCUCGGCCGACGGGGUCCUCGCCACCGACACCUUCCUCCUCACUGGCGGCGCCCCGCCCGUGGCCGUGGGCGCCUACUUCGGUUGCAUCACUUCCUACUCGUCGACCACCGCCACCAACAGCAACGGCACCGGCACGGACGUCUCGGAGGCGGCGACCGGCCUCCUCGGCAUGAACCGGGGCACCCUCUCCUUCGUGACGCAGACGGGCACCCGUCGCUUCGCCUACUGCAUCGCCCCAGGCGAGGGCCCCGGCGUCCUCCUCCUCGGCGACGACGGCGGCGUGGCUCCGCCGCUCAACUACACGCCGCUGAUCGAGAUCUCCCAGCCGCUGCCGUACUUCGACCGGGUGGCAUACUCCGUGCAGCUGGAGGGCAUCCGCGUCGGCUGCGCGCUGCUCCCCAUCCCAAAGUCCGUGCUCACGCCGGACCACACCGGCGCCGGGCAGACAAUGGUGGACUCCGGCACGCAGUUCACCUUCCUCCUCGCCGACGCCUACGCGGCGCUCAAGGCCGAGUUCACGAGCCAGGCGCGCCUGCUCCUGGCCCCGCUGGGAGAGCCAGGGUUCGUGUUCCAGGGCGCGUUCGACGCGUGCUUCCGCGGGCCGGAGGCCCGGGUGGCGGCGGCGAGCGGCCUCCUCCCGGAGGUGGGCCUCGUACUCCGCGGCGCGGAGGUGGCCGUGUCCGGGGAGAAGCUCCUGUACAUGGUGCCAGGCGAGCGGCGCGGCGAGGGGGGCGCGGAGGCGGUGUGGUGCCUGACGUUCGGCAACUCGGACAUGGCCGGCAUGUCGGCGUACGUGAUCGGGCACCACCACCAGCAGAACGUGUGGGUGGAGUACGACCUCCAGAACGGCCGCGUCGGCUUCGCGCCAGCGCGCUGCGACCUUGCCACCCAGCGCCUCGGCGCCGGCGCGUAGGCUUUACAGUACUAAUCGAUGCGUCGUCCAUGGCGAGAACUCGCCGUGGCCAAGUAAGAGUGUAGAGGCCUAGUAUUAGAGAUGGUCUCUCCGAUCACCUGCUGUGCUUCACAUCACUGCUGGCGUGUGUAGUAGUGUACGGAGUAGUUAAAGGGUGUGUUUAUGUCGAAACUAGAUUUCGGCAAUAAUAAAAGGGGGUGGCUAUCAAGCUGGAAAAGUGUAUGAGUUUGGAGACAAAGGAUUUAUACAGGUUCAGGCCUUCUUAUUCAA